CACGAUGCAAUGGGAGGCAAGCCCUAGUAAUUCCCUUAUUGACAGAACCAUCAAGAUGAGAAAAGAAACUGAAGCUAGGAAAGUGGUUUUAGCCUGGGGCCUUCUAAAUGUGUCUAUGGCUGGAAUGAUAUAUACUGAAAUGACUGGAAAAUUGAUUAGUUCAUAUUAUAAUGUGUCAUACUGGCCCCUCUGGUAUAUUGAACUUGCUCUUGCAUCUCUCUUCAGCCUUAAUGCCUUGUUUGAUUUUUGGAGAUACUUCAAAUAUACUGUGGCACCAACAAGUCUCAUUAUAGGAGAAGCUAGUAUUACCAGCUUGAAACAGGCUGCCCUGGUCAAAGCCCCUCUCAUUCCAACUUUGAAUGCAAUUGUGCAGUAUCUAGACCUCACACCAAAUCAAGAGUACUUGUUUGAAAGGAUCAAAGAACUUUCUCAGGGUGGCUGCAUGAGCUCAUUUCGAUGGAACAGAGGUGGAGACUUCAAAGGACGAAAAUGGGACACUGACCUGCCAACUGAUUCUGCAAUCAUCAUGCACGUAUUUGGUACCUACCUCGAUUCCAGGUUACCUCCACACCCUAAGUAUCCUGAUGGAAAAACAUUUACAUCUCAGCAUUUUGUUCAGACCCCAAGUAAGCCAGAUGUUACAAAUGAGAAUGUUUUCUGCAUUUAUCAGAGUGCCAUCAACCCCCCACACUAUGAGCUCAUCUACCAGAGACAUGUGUACAAUCUUCCAAAGGGCAGAAAUAAUAUGUUUCAUACAUUGUUAAUGUUUCUCUACAUCAUAAAGACGAAAGAGUCAGGAAUGCUUGGGAGAGCUAAUCUUGGUCUGUCUGGUGUGAAUAUUUUGUGGAUUUUUGGCGAGCAGUAGAUCAUUUAAUUCCCAACAUUUGGACCUUUAUU